UAAUUUUUAAAAAAUUUUUCAUCAUAGUAUCGACCGAUAAUUUUUUAAAUUAUCACCUUUACUGAUUAGAAAUCUACUUUCAAUUUAUCUUUAGCUAGAAAGAUAAAUCUUUAUCGCAACAUGAACACCAAUGCUGAUGUAAAUGAUAUUCACUUAGCAUUUAGUAUGAUAAACGAAUUUGAAACUGUAUGGUUAACGAUAAGUAAAGAGGAGCCUAAUCAAGUCAAUUAUCGUAUAAUAAAAUCAUAUUUGGAAUAUAUAAAGAAGCAAUUAGAUUUUAUCAUGAAACCUCAUGCUUUUGAUCCUGUCGAGUAUCCAGAUCUAAUAGAAAAAAGAAAUCACUUUAUGAGAAAAUGUAUUCCACUUAUGGCUAAAGCGGAAGUAUAUUUGGUUACACAUUAUGAUGCCGUAAAGUAUUCUACGAAGUAAAACAACAUGGAAAUAAUAAAUAAAUAAAUAAAUUCUGUGUUAAAUAUAUAAAUUCUUAUUAUGUAAGUCAUUACGAGAAUCAUGUGCAUGAAAAAUAUUCAUAUAAUU